CAGCAGCAGAUGAAUUGACACUUACAGAAUUAGUUGAUCAUAUACAAGAGCAUAUAAUUUCGAAUGAAAAAGGAUGGUUACUCGAAAAUUUUGUUCAAGUCUUUCAAAAAAUUUCCACAUAUGAAGCGAUGCGUAGACUUCAAGAUUAUUGUGCAGAAUUAAUUUGUAAUGAUCCGUCAGUCGUUUUUACGUCGGAUUUUGGAUCACUUGAAGAGCCAGCAUUAUUAGCAUUAUUACAACGUGAUGAUCUU